GUUGAUGUCAAAAAGUUACACAAGCGAGGGGAUGAGGUUUUACAACAGGACGGUUUCACAACUAUAAACGAGGCUUCACCUCAACCGGUUACACCUGUGACCAUACAGCUUUCUACAGAAGAAACACCAUAAACAUCCAGUCCGAGUGACGGAGAAAUCAUUUGACAGUCUUGUCCACACCUUCUCUCUCUUUCUGGACAAUAACAGUGAAAGAAACGCGCUUUUUUCCUGCGUUUCACGAGCCUCUUUGAGUGUCGAGUGACCGUCGGUGAUUGGGGAAUACACCGGUAUGUUAACGUGAUUGUCUCGUUCGUCGCAAACAAGUCGCCCUCAGUCGCCUCUCUCUGUCUGGACCACAGUCGUAGGCUCUGCCGCGUUUAUACACCCGCUCUCAUUUUAUUUUAUUUUUAUUUUUUUGGUGGUGGGGGGGACACAUUGGCCUGUGAAGUCUUCAGCUAUCAGACGGACACCUCAGCCAUGGAGUUGAGUUCAGUCAUUUUGACGACUGGAGGCUCCGUCGGGUUUUUCAGACUUGUCAACGCAGGGGUCAGUAAACUCCCCAUGCCUGAAUCUGCCGCCAGGAAUGCAUGGAAAUGGAGGAAUAUCUCUACAUCCUUCGUGCACAGUCUCAUCACUGCGAUAUGGGCCGUGCUUUGCUUUUUCCGUCACCCACAGAUGGCCGAAGAUUUGAUAGAAACACACACUGUGUUUUCUCAUGCGCUGGUGUCCUUUUCAAUCGGUUACUUCAUCUAUGACUUCUUUGACAUGGUGCUGAACCAGAAGCUGAAUCAGUCCUGGGAGCUUCUCUUUCAUCACAUUGUGGUGAUCACCUGUUUUGGCCUCUCUGUGCUGUCGUGCCGCUACGUUGGCUUUGCCGUGGUGGCCCUGUUGGUGGAGAUAAACUCUGUGUUCCUCCACCUGAGACAGAUCCUGCGCAUGGCCAACAUUGCCACGGGUACGCUGUACCGGGUCAACAGCAUGAUCAACCUGGGCACGUACGUGGUGUUCCGCAUCAACACUCUGGCCUGGAUGACCCGCUGGCUGGUGCUCAACAGGGACAAGGUGCCCCUGCUCGCCUACACGCUGGGCAGCGUGGGCAUGGCCAUCAUGACGGCCAUGAAUAUUGUCCUCUUUUACCGGCUGCUCCGGAGCGACUUUUUGAAGAGCAGCACCCGGGAGACCAAGAAAGAGAAAGAGAAGGAGAUGUAGAGAGGAGGAGAAGAGGAGGCACAAGAAGGAUUAGAUUCAUAACCACACUCAUUGCUGUACGUUAACACCCUGUGGCUGAGUUUUGGUACUGUUUUGCCUGUGUGUAGUAUUCUCAUAGCUGGGAGAUGGAGGAGUCUUUGUGUCUUUCAUACUGUACAGGUACGUCCACACAAGGUGCAAUCAAUUUGCUUCAAUCCAAACGCAGAUCACACAGUCUUCAUGCUGAAAGCUACAUUUUGUUGUAGUUUGGGCUUCAUGUGCUCCCGUCAUCCUUAAGUGCCAUUAGUGGCUCACUAAUGGCAGAUGGAGGAUAUUUCUUAUGAACAAUGCAAGGCUUUGUAAAACGACACCAAACGCCUUAUUGUCCCACAGGGUGUUUCAGCUAAAUCUGUUCUAAAUGUAGCUUCUGGUAAGUGAAGACACACUGUUUGUAAAACAAAUGCUCCAACACUCAUGUAUACAUAAGCAGAAACAAAUACAGAAUAUCUUUAAUUAUAUCAUAAGAUUAACCUUUUAUUUAUACAUAUUAUAAACAUAUUUUACAUAAAUACAGACGUAUGCUGAUGUGGGAUAUUUAAAGAUCUCACCUAAAGUUUAUUUACCACUGAGUAAAAAAAUGUAUGAAUCCAAACCCUCUUGUUGUGUAACACUAAUACAGCAGAGGUGAAUAUGUCUUUUUUUCCACCAAAUGUCCUCAACUAAAAGCCGCCUGCUACCUCAGAAAGCUUGUAAUAGUUCCUUACCUCUUUCUAAAACAAGCUUUACUGUCAGUGUUUGGCAGGUUGUUUGUUAUCAUAGAGGAAAAACAUUAGUAAAACUUUAUAGGAAGAAAGUUUGUAGAAUAAGGAAAUCCAACAAAUACCAGUCCUCACUUGAGGAGACAAAGAGGGUAGUCAUAUGUAGAUUAAAUAUGUUGAAGUUGCAUUUAGAUUAAACAGAUAUGACUUAAUUAGUCAUUUAACAGUUACAGCCAUUUAGUGCUUUGUCAGAUUGUGUUAAAACAUAUAGGAAAAAGAAUUCACCAAACCUGAACAAAUCAGAGGUAAAUCAGUCUUAGCAGACGUUGCAAAUAUUUUAAUUAUACAGUAGAACCCUGAACCUUACAAGCAGGUUGCUUUUCUUAGUAAAUCUUUGAGGAACAAAAUUAAAUCGAGUCUGACUCGAUUGGCUCACGGAUCAAUCACAGUGGCAGAAGGGAGAAAAGACCUCCCAGCAGCCAUCACCAGAGACGUCAGUGUCCGUCAGGGGCCGGUGUCAGAAAACCUCUGACACCAGCUGCUGCUUUUGUUGAGUACACUUGAAACCUGUAGAAUGGCAGGAAAACAAAACAAGCUAAAUAAUAGUAGAUAGCGCUAACUGACAAUAAUAUUUUCACGAUUGUGUGUGUAUUGUUUAUCAUCCCAUGAUGGUGUACAGUCUGCAGUAGGAGCUUUCAGACAGGCAGGAACCUGUUAUUCCUCAUUCGGCCUGUGGAGGACAGCAAACUCCUUAUCAUCACCUCAGUGACCUCAGCAUAGCCAAGACCACCAGAGGUGUCUUCAUUUUGUAACAUCUUUGUAGAUCUGUGCCAUCCUGCCUUGAAUAUGAAGUAGCCAAUUAGCACAAAUAAAUGCAGAGAAAUUCCUGAGGUCAGUGUUGGAACAAGCAGGUCUGAGAUCUGUGAAUACAGCAAACUGUUAUACACACAGCUGCCUACUCUUCUAACUCACAUCAGUCCUUACAUGGAAAUAUGUGAUGCCAUUCAUGUUUUGUGUUGUUGCUUUUUUGGGGGGUGUAUAUUCAUUGUCUUGAGGGCUUAAAUUGUGUAUAUUUGUAAUUUAUUUGUACUGACGAUAAGUUGUGGAUUAAAGAUGGAAUGAAUUUAAUGUUCAAUGAAUUUCCCUGUUGUGAAAAACAGUCGAUUUAUAGUGAAGUUGAUCGUGUAAGUCAUGUUGUUGUGGGCAUUUUGCCACUUUGGGUCAUAAUUUUGUUCAGUUUUUGUUUCUCCAGCUGCAGUUUCCAUGACCCAGUGUCUCUGAGCUUGAAACUGUUGAUACUAUAAAGUGCAGCAGCAUGUUCAGUGACACUCACAUACUUGGUUGCAGUUCAAAGGAAACAUCACACCCAAAUUGUAAAUUUAGAGUCAGCUGAAAGCACUGACUCAGUUGGCAGUUUAUAAGGAACACCAAGCUAAAACAGUCUAAACAACAAUCCAGCAAUAAAUCCUCAUUCUUUAUGGCCGUAAUGUUCAGUUUUGUCUGUAUAAUGCAACACGGGUCAACAGCACCACAAACUGCAGCCGCCAGAAUGAUCAUAAAAUCAAAACAUCUCUAAAACAACAUUAUAACCCUCAUGAAGGAGGAUUUAUCACAGGACUCUUGUAUUAGACUUCAUGGUGUACCUAAUAAACUGCUAAUUGAGUGUAUUUGCAGCUGAUUAAGUGAUGCCAAACAAAUUAAACUUUUUGUCCACGUUAAACUCAGACAUCGCUGCACUAAACAAACGGCACUGUUUAAGAGGAAGGCAGUAGAAUUUGAAUUAUUGUUGUGGUUGAUUCCCGUUGCCUUUUUUAAGAUCAAAAGUAUCUCCCCUUUUUGAAUUUCUGUUGUGAAUGUAGAUUUUUUUUUUUUUUUUUUUUUAGUUUAAAUUUGUAGGGCAGCUUUGUGGUUGUAGUGAAGACAACUGGUGACAAUUGAAGUUCUUUCUUUCUAACAAACAAGCUUGUAUUUGUGAGUGUGUUGUACAAGGCUGUAACGUAAUUGGAGUUAUAUGUGUACGAGCCCAGAGUUGUUUAUUACGUUGCUCUGUGUGUUUGUAGUUCAGACGCUUUCUCAUGUAAAUGUCGAAAUGAUGCUGAGGGACCUCUGGCCAAAAACAAGCUACUGUAUCGCUCUCUUCACUCCAGUUCCUGCUCUUAUAUGACUUGGAGUUCAAAACAUUACUGCACACACAGUGGUUUUAUAAGUUUGGAAAUGCCAAGAGAGUGGCAGCAGAUAUGAACUUGUAUCGCCACACAGCCUCAUAUUCCUCAUUGUACAUGAUAAACGUGGUGGUUGACUGCAUUUGGUCGUCAUCGCUUUUUUAUUAGCUUCAAUAUUAGAGAAUAAAAAGCAGCAUUUCCUUAACACAACCUACAAAUAAGACCAGUUUUAUUUCCCUGUUUGCUCAUUUAUAGACUUCUUUUUCCUGGUGAUUGGUGAAAUGUUGAACAUUGUUUACUGUUUAAAAAAUGAAAUUAACAACAGCGGUGAAGACUAUUGACACUGUGCAGCUUGUCGAGGACUUUUAAACCCUUCACUAAGGGGAAAAACCUGGAAUACAGAAGCGACCGAGACCAGCUGAGGUUCUGAAAGUGAAAUCCGCUGUCUCGGAGCAUUAGACUGUCACGUUACACAGAAUUUUGUCUUUGAGUGUAAAUAUAACAGUUUUAUUUUUUCAUGUUUUGGCAGAGAUUGUUUUGUAAUUAAAACUCCAAUUUAUAUGUUUAUAUAAUAACAAUAUUUGUUUAACGUGAAAAUAAAGCUCAGUGAAAUUAAA